CCCAUCCCAAUGUAAGCUAGUUUUCUUUUCGUUUUCAAUUGUUUUCAACUUCUCGCUCGUUUCGUCUAGUACAUCGUCGGGCUUGACGCCAUUGAAUUCGUUUUUUUCUCGUAGGGCCGGGUUGCCUUCUGUUCAACUGUACUAUCAAUUUAAUAAUUAUACUAUUCCGCAAGUCGGAUCAAGAAAAGCCUUGGAUUGUAUUUUAUUCCUAGAAAAAUGAUGAAAAUGAAUCAACACCGAAGAUCAAGAGAACAAUACCGCACACUCCCCGUCGUCCACGAAGAAGACCACGAUGACUCAAGCAGCACAGACGUCGACCUCGAGGCGCUCGACCUAAACGAGAAGGACUAUAUGCAUGGAGCGACGGCGGCGCGAAUGGGAAAGGAAGAAAAGAAGAGCGAUCUACUCUCUAUACUGAAAGAAUACUGGUGGUUGGUCGACACAUUCCUUCUACUGGUCAUCAUCGUCCUCGUCCUAGGAAAUAGCUGGGGACCGCGCGGGAAAAUCCAUUUCUGGGAGGGCGCAGGUGAUUUGACCGGGUUCGCUCCGGAGUUUUCGCAGAAAAUCACGACCUUCUCCCCGGAUCCGGAAUUUGUGCCGGAGAACACAUCCGCAUUCUUUUCGGAUGAGACCAAACAAAAGUGGCUGGAUCUGGUGCCGAAGGGUCUAGGUUACCUUGAGAUCAAGAAGCCCGAGGACUUUGACAACCUCCCUGCUCAAUUGAACUCCUACCCGGAUCAAUUCGUCGUAACCUCUGCGAUGACGCAUCAGCUACACUGCUUGUACGCUAUUGCUGAAGCCUACUCAGCACUUACCUCAGACACCAGUAGAGUGCCCAAAGAAACACCAUGGCACCUAACGCACUGCUUCGAUUACUUGCGACAGAGCAUAAUGUGCUGCGGUGAUGUCGCUCUUGAGGGAGAACAGACCACGUUCCCCGCAGGUUUCGACGGAAGUGACGGAUGGGAUGCUAAGCAUGUGUGUAAGAACUAUGAAGAGAUAUACGAUUAUCUUGAAGAGAAUCGCGCCGACGAUAAAGAGUGGAUAUAGGUGAAUUUUCAUAAUAAAAUACAAUGAAUUCCUUGGCAAUUAUUGAAGCUCCUAUGAUUCGGGGGCUCUUGUCAUAAAUAUUAGCUUUGGUUUCCUCCUUGCGGCGAAUUCUUUCCCGGUGUCGAAUCUCAUUUCUUCGAUUUCCACGCGAAAUCCGCAUUUCUCGUAGAGUCGCCGUGCUACCGGAGUACCCUCGACGACUGACUAUAGAGCAUG